AUGGAUCAUGAAACGGAAACAUGUACAAUGAACUCAGCUGGCUCGGACUCCGAACUCGAUCCGGUUCGAAACGAGAGUGAAAUGAGCCAUAUCAUUGAAGACGAACAACCACUUCACAUAUUUGCCUUUGGCGUGUUUGGUUUCAUCCUCCAGACUUUCUUCUCAAUUGGAAUCUCGGCAUCUCAAGACAUCUUGGAAGAAACUCUAGUACCCACUCCGUCUCUGUUAAUAUCUGCCUCGCUGCCUUUCUUCGUCAUUACCUCUUUCUUGCCUUGCUUCGUCUUAAAGUUGUCGCACAAGGCUCUUCUGGUGCCAGUAGUGGGACUGGGUAUCACCGGCGUGUUGUCAUGCGCUCUGGUUGAGGCCGUCAUUCUACGGGUCACCGGAGUCAUCGUCGUGUCCACCGGGGUCACCAUUGGUGAGGUCACCUUCGUCUCGAUGACAGCGCUGUACAUCGACACGGCGAUGAGUUCAUAUUCAGCAGGGACUGGCGUGAGAUUCAUUGCUGGGCCCUUAGGCUUGUUUAAAAUCAUAAGCUACAUGUUAAAUGCAUUUCUGUUGCAUUUUUGUAUAUUCACCCAGGCCCGCAUUUUACCCAGCAUUUGGGUUCUUUUGAAAGAAGAAAUAAUUGACAUGAUAAACCACAAAGGGAUCGCUUAUAAUGUACUUAAUACUGAAAAAUCUUCAGUGGAAGAUAACCUAUCACGUGACGAGAAAAGAACGUUAAUCUGGCAUAACUUGCAUCCUAUGUUGGCCUGUUUUGUGGGUUACUUUUCUGAGUUUUUGACUCUCACUGGCGGUAGAUCUUACAUAAGUAUCUUGUUCAUUCUCAAUUCAAAAUGCCCGCCUGUUAUCGCAAGAACAUGGAUUUUAUCCGCAUUGCUUUUGGGUUUGUUUAUUUUUUCGACGUUGGCAUCCUGGUAUUACUUUCUCCACAGCGUCUGGAUUGUCUUAUUUCUCAUUUUCAAUGUGGGGCUUUUGGCGGGAAGCCUUUACCCAAAUACAUUUCUCAUGGUAACCAGUGGUGAUGGCGUCAAAGGCAAGGCGUUUUCGCGCGGUUUUCUCUCAUUCGGACCCAGCGCGGGUGUCCUAAUGGCGGGCUUAGUUGGGCUCGUAUUAGAACCAACUUUAAGAGAACAUUGUUUGCAAUCAGCGGAAUUCAGAGACUUUUGUUUUACGAGGUCAAUGGGUGGGUGGAAUAAGUCUACAUUGUGUUUGCGGUAG